UCAAAUUGAAAUUAAGGCUGAGUUUUUACCAGAUCAAGGAUCUGGCUUUUAAGUACGAAUUACCAAGUUAUGGAGAAAGGUGCGCGCCUUUCAGAAUAUCUUUUUGCAACGAUGGGCUCGGGAGACCGAGGGCCGAAGACAACAGAAGACCGGUGUGCAUCCGUCGAGCCAACCGGCCUCAGGAAAUGUCUGGUAGACAAUGCUAUGCUGGUCGUUACAUUAAUUGGAGUUAUUGCUGGCAUUACAAUCGGUUUCGGACUUCGACCGUAUCAUUUGGGGCCGGAUAUGUUGAUGAUAAUAUCUUAUCCGGGUGAAAUCUUCAUGAGAUUACUGAAGCUGAUGAUUCUACCUUUAAUUAUAGCCAGUUUGAUAGCUGGCUCGGCGAGUUUGAAUGCGAAGAUGAGUGGAAAGAUCGCUGUUCGGACUCUCUUGUACUUCAUCCUAACAUCUCUGUUUAAUGCCUUCCUGGGUAUUCUAUUGGCGGUGUUGAUACAUCCGGGUGAACCGGAACUACGAGAUCAGACCAAUGGGGUGCAGGAUAAACGAGAUCAUAGCAUCUUGGACAGCUUCUUUGAUAUUGGUCGUAAUAUAUUUCCGGACAACAUAGUGCAAGCUACAUUCCAACAAUCUCACACCGUGUACCGGCCGGCGACAUUAAUUGCCAGCAAUAUAACUGGCAACGACACAGUUCCAGUCCUCGUCAGAGUUGUAACUGAAAGGGCAGGUACCAACACUUUAGGGUUGGUGUUUUUUUGUUUGGUCUUCGGCAGUGUCCUCGGAAGUCUAGGGCCCAAGGGUCAGGUGGUGAUUACUUUCUUCCAAGCGAUCUUCGAAGUAACAAUGAAGAUGGUGACAGCUGUGAUGUGGUUCACUCCUGUGGGAGUCAGCAGUAUAAUCGCUGGCAAAAUAUUGGGCGUUAGUAACGUUGUCCAAAUGUUAUCCCAGCUGGCGUGGUUCAUAAUGACGGUGACGAUCGGCGUGUUUCUGUACCAACUGGUCAUCAUGCAGCUGAUAUACUUUGCGUUCCUGCGCCGGAACCCCUACAAGUUCUACCUCGGCUUGUCGGAUGCGAUGCUGACGGCUGCAGCCACCGCUUCAGCAGCUGCAGCUCUACCAGUAACCUUCCGUAGUAUGGAAGGUCGGCUGCAAGUAGAUCCGCGUAUCACCCGAUUCGUGCUGCCUAUUGGCUGUAACAUAAACAUGGACGGCACCGCGCUGUUCCUUUCCGUAUCCAGUCUCUUUAUAUGUCAGAUGAAUGACAUGGAUCUUGGUUUUCCCCAAUAUGCUGCUAUACUCUUAUCGGCUACCGCAGCAUCGUUGUCGUCCGCGUCGGUGCCUUCAGCAGCGAUGGUGCUGCUGCUGGUCGUGCUGGCCACGGUUGACGCACCCACGCAGGACGUCUCUCUACUCUUUGCCGUAGACUGGCUUGUAGAUCGUAUCCGCACUACUAACAACAUGCUGGGUGAUUGCUAUGCUGCAGCCGUCGUAGAGCAUCUCUCGAAGAAGGAGCUCAUGGCCUGUGAUUCAGCUUUGACGGAACCAACAGAAUCUAACGGCUUGCUGCAAACCUCAAAUACAGAAGUGGACCUGGAGAUCAUAACUUCUGGGAAUAAAUCUAUAGCAUCUGAUGAUGUCAUCAUCGAUAUGCAUUUAAGGAAGAAUUCCACUGCAUCUAACAAUAAAGCUUAAGGGUCUUUUAAAUGUUAUUUAGUGAGUAAAAUUUUUAGUAAUCAUUUUACUUAUACGAAAUAUCAAUUUUCCAUAGGA